AUGCUUUCUGCUCGACGCAACGGUGCAGACGGUGGCAGAAGAAAGCGACGGCGGGACACUCGGGUAUCCCCAGUUGAAAAGCUGCCAUAUUUCUUCGAUGAUCAGCUUUUCACUGUUUGGACAUGGAAUGUUUCCCGGCAGCUUGGGUCCUCUGUUACCGUUGAGUUUGUCGUCCUACACGGCGCAGCUGCGCAUCAUAAGGACUCGCGCGCCUUGAUCAAGCAGCCCCAGGACUCCCUUGAAGCGCCUUCUUCGCACGGAUCGUUACCGCCUACCUACCGUGCCGCGGUGCCUCCCACCCAAUCCACUGGCGAUGGGCUCGAGUCAAACCCAGUCCAUGGCGCGCUGGAUGGUGUCCUUCCACACCGUGCUUUAUCAACGCCUGUCUUUUCUUCCCACCCCGCACAUUCCGUAUCCAGCCUUCCUGCAUCUAAUAUCCCCGAACCCUUCUCUCCCAAACGCGACCUCCCUGGACUUUCUCUUCCCAAUCCCGUUCUCCCUAGACAUCUCCUCCUCCACCCCCUCACUCUGGACCCACUCUAUCCGGAACUCAUUCCACGGGAUCCCAGUUUCCAGGGUCCGGUUCGCCAGGAUACCAUUCCACAGGAGCACAAUUCUCAAGAACCCCCUCUUUCUGAACUGUUUCCUGAGGAGGAUGAACAGUUCGAGCUCCAAGAAGAAGUUCUUCCUGAACCUCAUCCCAGUGAAGUCAUUUCCUCUGAGCCUGCUCCUCAUACGCAACCCACACCCAUUCCCCAUGAGACCGCUGCCGCCAAUCCAGCUGCAGUCGAGCCUGCUCCAGUCAAGCCUGCUCCAGUCGAGCUUGCUCCAGUCAAGGCUAUUAAGCCCGCCCAAGCCCUACCUGCUAAGGCCGCACCGGCUGUGCAUUCGGCUCAAGGGCCCACAGCCCACCUCUGUUGGGAACAUUUGGAGGUCUCACCAAGUGCCGAGACUCGGAGCAUGGUCGAGGAGCGUCAUGCUCGUGGCUAUUACACCUGCACUGGGUGUAUCCAGACCGAGAUGGACGUGAAGGGUAAGCGGUGUGAAGAAAAAUGCAAACCCAAGGGAGACAACCAGCGCACGCGCCGGAAACAAGGCAAGCCGGCCACGCGUGCCGGUGGUGGAGGCUCAAAGAAGGGCGAUGUGGGCGGCAGGAAGAAACGCGAUGGAAACGGCAAGAGAGGAGGCCCUCCCGGUGCUGCCGGUGGUGUUCUGAGCGGCCGUGUUCAGAAGGCUGCUUGAACAGCUACGUGUUCGUCUACGCACAACGUCUCCUCAGCAUCGGGCAGAUACGCUCUUUCGGGGUCAAGUAUUUCACAUCAAAAGCGAUGAUGAAUCAGGGAUAUCAAGAUUUGGCAAUCCUUUGAGCGGAGGAAGUUAGCUGGGAAACGGAAGGCAGCUGGGAAACGGAAGGCGUUGGCCGACCGGCCAAGGGCCUUGUCUUUACUACCGUGACGUUUUGCCGCUCCUCCAUGAAGAGCCAGGGCGGUCAUGGCAAGCUCUUUUCCCGUAUAGACUAGUAUCGUAUGAAGUGG